AUGAAGACAGUCGAAGGAUGUCUGCUAGCUGCAUCCCGCAGAGUGAUGCCAAAUCACUUCGACAUCGUGUUCUUUCAGGACUACACAAAGCUCAUGCAGGCCAACAAGGAUGAAAAUGUUUGGAAGAAGCUUUGUAUAUUGCCCUACGAUGGAUUCCAACAUCGCAACACUCGUCAGGACCUGCCCAAGAUCUGCAUCCGUGGCAAAGGAUCCGGUCAGAGCCGAACUACAGUCAUGGCCGAAACCACACUCGCCGUGGACUCGAGAACUGAUUUCCCUGCGCCGAUGGAACAACAAUACUAUCUACUUAUCGUGGACAGGUACUCUGAGUAG